AUGGGAAUAAUGCAUAAAUCAGUAAUAACGUGUUCAGUUGCAUCAAAAAUGUCAGAUGUUAUUAAUAAAGCUACUCCAAGAAUAAAUUCAACACUACUGUCCAAAUACCGUGAUGAAGUUGUUCGUCUUAUUGGGCGCGUUAAAGAGAGCUCAAAAAAUUCGGCAGUUUUGGAAGCCAGUGACAAGGGACAAGUUAGAAUAUUAUUAUCACCGGAAACAAUUCUUCAAACAAACCAAAUUGUAGAAAUUAUUGGGCGCGUGAGGGAUGAUCAUUCUUUGCAAGAAUUGAAUACAACGAAUUUCGGUGAUGAAUUUGGAUUAAUAUUAAUUUUUUUUUUUUAG